AAUAGAAGUAUUGUUAAUAGAAAUGCAAAAUGAUUGGAAGGUGCAAGUAUAGUAAGAAGACAAAGUCGUAAAAUAUAAAAAUAUAGAAUACCACAUCGGAUAAAUAGUUGGAUCUGGAGCUAGUGCUAAAGUCUAUAGAUCAUAAAAGUUUAUUGAUUAAAUAUAACAAUAAGAGGAUGUAGCUCUUCGAAUCUAAAAUCGGUAUUUUAAGCCAAAUUAUGAUCUUUUGAAUUAACUUAAAGAUUUUAAGUGGAAAAAUACAACAUAUCCAAUUGAGAAUAUACCUGGCGGCUUUUUAUAUACAGAGUACGAACUUUUCGAAGGCAAUCUCACAUAGCUUUCCAUAGAAUUAAUUAAGGAAAAUAUAUUUAAAAUUGCUUAAACUAUAGCUGAGGCUUUAAUCGAAAUUCAUAAAUCGAAUUACAUUCAUUUUGAUGUAAAGCCAGACAAUAUUGUUUUCAAAAUGGAUUUUUCGUAAAAAUUAAAGUUUGCUCUCUGUGAUUUCUCUUCAAUCCAAUCUCUUGAUAAUGCAGCAAAUAAAGAAUUAUUCAUUGAGGCUACACCACAAUUCGCACCACCAGAAAUAGAAAUUUAAGGAUAUUCUAAAAAUAUAGAUCAAACCUGUGAUAUCUGGUCAUUAGGCAUGAGCUUAUAUAGUCUAUACUCAGAAAAACUUAUGUUCACAUAAGGUAUUUUCAAUAAGAUUAGUUUUAGAUAAUCUAAAUUUGAAAAAAGAAUAAGAUUUUAUAGAUGAUACUGUGGAUUAAGAUAUUGAUAACGAUAAACUGAAAUCUUUAAUUAAAUCGUCACUUAAAGUCCAGAAGGAAGAUAGAAUAUCUUUGAAAGACAUGAUUGAAUACAUUGAAAAUCCUGAAAUGAAGAAGCCAUAACCUUGUGCGAAAUAAUGUAGUUCAAAUUCAAGUCACUCCUAAAAAUAAAUAGGAGAUAUAAAAUAGGAGAAGGUUAAAUAACCGAAUUUGAUAAAAUUUCCAAUAUUACAAGACAUAAUUGAGGAGGCUUUAAAGAAAUAUUAAAUGAAUUUAAACAAAAUAGACAAUAAUUAUGGUGCUACACAAAAAAGAUAAAAACAAUCAUGCUUAUUAGAAAUGCCAAAUAUAAAUUUUUGA